AUGCAAAAAACAAACACGUGCGAUGGAAUCGACGAGGAGCUGUACAGCAGACAGCUCUACGUGUUAGGUUACGAGGCAAUGAAGAAGAUGCAGAAGGCGACAGUGCUGAUUGUGGGAGCAGAUGGACUGGGACAGGAAAUAGCCAAAAAUGUCAUUCUGGCUGGAAUCAGCAAGGUUGGAAUCUACGACAAUGAGUCAGUGGCCAUGCGCGAUCUCGGGGCUGGUUUCUACUUCAAGGAGGAUUCAGUUGGUGAAAACAGGGUUGAUGCAAUAUUGGGGUCACUGAAAGCAAUAAACAGCUACGUUGAGGUAGAUGCAGAAAGUGGUGAAUUGGAUUCAGCACUAGCGAGCUACAAUAUCGUGGUAUCAGUGAACAAGGCAUUGGACUACAACCUGAAGCUGAGCAAGAAGUGCAGGGAGGCCGGACUGAAAUUUGUGGUAGCGAAUAGCAGGGGAUUCUUCGUACAGCUUUUUGUUGAUUUCAACAUUCACGUCUGUUACGAUAAAACAGGGGCAGUUGCAUCAGCAGGGAUGAUCAACCACAUUACUGCUCAAAAGAGCGAUAAACAGCUUCUGGUGGUGCUAGCAGAUGGAGCGAAGCACUCGUUGGAAGAGGAGGAUACGAUAAAAAUCACGAAAGAUGGAACUAGUGAAUUUUAUGCAAGAAUAAAAAACAUAAAGAACAGGAGCGAGUUCGUGGUGGAGUGUGAUACGCCAUUUGUGCCUGCUGAGAAGGCGUUCUACGAGUUUGAACAGAUCAAGACGGCUGUUGAGAUAUUUCACGAACCACUGGAAAAGGCGAUGAAAAUGCCUGGUAAAAACGUAAAACACGAAUACAGUUACGAGGACAAUUUGCAUUCAUUAUUUAUGGGGCAGAAUGUGGAUGAUAAGGAGUUGAAGAACGAGUUUGAUUGGAGCAAUGAGACUCUGCUAGCACCAGUUUGCUCUGUUUUGGGUGGAUUUGCGGCACAGGAGGUCAUCAAGGGAGCAAGUGGCAAAUUCAUGCCAUUGAACCAAUUCUUCUACUUCCACUGUGCUGGUCUCUUCAACAAGGAUGCUGUGAAACAGCAGAGACCUUCAACACCAACGAGAUACUCCGAUUACGUCAAGUUGCUUGGAGAGAGCGAAUUCAACAAGUUGAAAGGAACCAGACUAUUUUUGGUUGGAGCUGGAGCCAUUGGCUGCGAGAACAUCAAGAACUUCGUGAUGACUGGAAUUGGAUCCAGUGGGAUGAUUUACGUCACUGACAUGGAUUCGAUUGAAAAGAGCAACUUGAACAGGCAGUUUCUCUUCAAGGCCGAUGACGUGGGAAAGGUGAAGAGCGAAAGUGCCUGUAGACGCGUUCUGGAGAUGAAUGGCGAAUACGCUGACUCGUUGAAGGCGUACACGAUUCCUGUGAAGGAGGAGACUGAAAAUGUCUUCAGCGACUGCUUCUUCGAGGGGCUCGACGUGGUCUCCAAUGCGUUGGACAACGUGCAGGCGAGGACGUACAUCGACGAGAGGUGCGUGCAGCACUGCCGUGGAAUGGUCGAUGCUGGGACACUUGGAACAAAGGGACACGUCCAGGUGGUCGUUCCCCACCUGACUGAGUCUUACGGAAGCACGACUGACCCAGAGGAGACGUCGAUACCGCUCUGCACGAUCAGAUCGUAUCCAAACAGCAUCGACCACACGAUCGAGUGGGCGCUGGCCGAGUUCAAGAGCGAGUUUUCUGAAUCGAAAGAUGACGUCAGCAUAAACAGUCAGUUAAGUCUAAUUAAGCUUACUGAGUAUGCUGUGAGUCUGUUUGACUUGCACUUCAACAAGACUGUUGCGAAGCUGCUUGCGACAUUUCCACCCGAUCACGUGACGGCAGAAGGCGUCUCGUUCUGGCUUCCGCCUAAGCGAAUUCCAAGGCCAAUCCGGUUCGAUGCCUCUGAUCCGCUGCACCUCGGCUUCGUUCUUGCGACAGUCCGCCUCUACUGCGAGGCAAACGACGUCUCCUUCAGCCACGAGGCCGUUGAGUCGCUGGCCCAGGACGUCCGCCUCGUCGACUUCGACCACGAGAAGGAGGCCCUUGCGAAGAAGCACCUUGUUGAAUUCGAGAAGGACUCGGACCACGCUGACUUCGUCUACGCUGCUGCGAACCUGAGAGCACGAAACUACGAGAUCAAGGAGCAGACGAAGCACUUCAUCACGGGCGUGGCUGGCAAAAUAAUCCCAGCCAUUGCCACGACCACUGCAAUGGUGAGUGGAUUGGGCACAUUUGAGAUCAUGAAAUACGUCUUGCAGAAGAAGGAGGUGAGAAACAGCUUCCUUGACCUCGCUCAUCCGAUGUACGCAGCAGCUGAUCCAAUUGAUUGCACCAAGAACACGUACAAGAAGGAUGGAUCAGUGGUGACCUACACGCUCUGGUCUCGUCUGAAGAUCAAGGACAGGCCACUUGGUGAAAUGGUGGAUGAGUUAUCGAGGUGCUACGGAGACAGGGUGACUGACGUCUCUGCUGGUGCCAGGAUUCUCUACAUGGAGGCAAUGCCCAAGUUCAACAAGAAUUUGGAGAAGACUGUUUCAGAACUAGUAGGAUGUGUUGAUGGACAGAAAUACAUAUGGAUCAAUGCAAUGACUGAAGAUGAGAUUGAUAAGGAACUGGUUCAGGUGGAGUUGAACAGGUAG